AACAAUAAUCGAACAGCUAAUAAUGGAUGUCUUCUGGUUACUGGAGGCGCAGGAUACAUUGGGUCACACACUGUGCUCGAGUUGAUCCAGAGAGGUUUCAAAGAUCUUGUCGUAUUGGACAAUUGCUCCAACUCAUACAUAGCUGAGGGAGAAGUCAAACCCGAGAGCCUCAAGCGAAUUGAGGAGAUGACAGGCACUGAGGUGACAUUCUACUUGGCCGACAUUACAGACAAACGACAGCUGCAACAAGUAUUCGACAAGCACACUUUCUUCUGCGUGAUCCACUUCGCCGGUCUGAAAGCGGUGGCCGAGAGUAUCCAGCUGCCUCUAAUGUACUACGAGGUCAACUUCAGAGGAGCCGCCAACCUACUCAGGUGCAUGGCUGAGUCAGGUUGCAAUAACAUCAUCUUCUCCAGCAGCUGUACAGUGUACGGGGAGCCUUCGAGGGAGCAGCUGCCAAUCACGGAACAGACACCUGCAGGGGGGUGCACCUGUGCAUACGGGAGGACCAAGUACUUCAUUGAGCAGAUGCUCUCGGACUACUGCAGGGCAAACGAGAGUUUCAAUGCAGUCAAUCUCCGGUACUUCAACCCGGUCGGAGCUCACGAGUCCGGCACUAUAGGCGAAGAUCCGACCGGAGUUCCGAACUGUUUGAUGCCUUUCGUAGCACAAGUGGCCACUGGCCGAAGAGCCGAGUUGGGUGUUUUCGGGAACGACUACGACACUCCCGACGGGACUGCAAUUCGCGACUACGUGCACGUUGUAGACAUUGCAAUUGGACAUGUGGCUGCCCUCGAAAAACUAAUCGACAACUCUCUGAAAAAGUUUUUAAUUUACAAUCUAGGAACUGGGAAAGGACACUCGGUGUUAGAGGUCGUGGAGGCGUUCCGGAAAGCGUCAGGAGCCGAGAUCCCCUAUGUCAUCAAGCCGAGACGGGAGGGCGAUGCAACCGAAGUGUAUGCCGACUGCUCUUUGGCUAAGCGAGAUUUAGGCUGGGAAGCCACCCGUGAUCUGGAAACCAUGUGCAGAGAUUUCUGGACGUGGCAGAGUAAAAACCCAGAAGGCUACAGACAGACGGAAAAAGAUGUAAAGGACAGACGUUUCAUUAGUUGUCCCAAAUUGUAGCCGAAUGAGUUCUGACAAAACUAGUUUCUGCAUGUUUUGCGCUAGUUCUGCAAUGGAGAAGAUUAAUUUUACUUUAAA